AUGGCAACAGCGAACAACGUCCAGCUCCAGCUGGGCCAGUGGCCCGAAUACUACCGACAGGGCAUCUCAAAUGAAUCUACCAAGAAGGCCUCGGAGCUUCUUCAGGAGAAUCACGAGAAUUAUCACAUCUUCUUCAACGCGGAUGGCUUCCACAACCACAUCGCACACCAGAUGCUCACCAUGUGGGCUCUCAGUGCCUCUCCGGAUCAGCUCCAGCGUGAGUACAACAGCAACAAAUCCUACCAACGGCCCAAGAUGCAGCCACACAAGUCGGUCAUCGAUGACCUGCAAGACCCAAGUAAAUUUGUUGAAUAUCUCGGCCCCGAGGAGCAUUACAAUGACUACCUCGAAUUCUUCCACAGGGAGAUGGAGCGGCUUGGUUGGCAAGAAGUCUUGCAGCAGUACCUCUUCGCUGGUGACGAGAGGUCCGAGACGAUGCUUGUACGCAUGUACGCCGGAUUCCUACAUCCUCUCAUCCACCUCGGCUUCGGUGUCGAAUUUCAACAACCAGCAAUCAUGGCCGAAGCUCUUGCACAAGCAGCGUGUCACUCAGACUGGAUCGGCAAGCUCCUCAUUCCAGCCGAGAAAGCCGCCCGAGAACAAGGCAGCACUGGCUCCAAGAGCAUCGCGCAGCUCCUUGACGAAAUCCAUAACGACAAAGAGCUCUUCGACGCCGUCCGGUGGAGCGAUGGUAACAAGAUUCGCGAUGGAAUCCUCGCCCGCGCUCCCGAAGCCAUGACCAAGUACGUCUCUCAGGUACGCGUUCGCCCAUCAGAACUAGAAGAGAAGACUGCGGAAAUGACCAACGCCGCGACGUAUUACACUGGCGGCGCGCAACGCAGCGACCGAGCCGUCAAAUUCGACUUCUAUUUCAUGCACUGUGUCAACUGUUCCAUCUUUCACUCGGCCUUCCUCAAACAACCCUGGCUCAGCGACGCCAACAAAGUCCGUCUCCUAGAAUGGAAGAUCCGUCUCGACUUGGCCAUGUACGCCUCUCGCAAAUCCCCCGAGAUCCGCCUGCAAGAUAUUCGGAAUUAUCAGCCGAAGAGCCCAUCGGGCUGGGAAGAAGUACAGGAUCGUGUCUGCGCGAUCGACGACGACGGGCACGCUUCGAAACUCGUGAGAGCCAUUGCGCAUGGUGGCGAGAUUUGUCGGCCGUUCGAGGAGAAGGAAAGCUUUCGAUUGAAAGGUGACGAUUGGUUACAGCUCGCGCAUAUGGCUAUCGACUCGGUGGAGAUGCCGGGAGAUAACUGGGUCCGGAGUGCUGGAUUCGAUGAAGCUUGGGAGCGCGUGCCGUUGAGAAGUAAUCUUUAG